UCUGGCGCUCCCCAGACGACUCGCUGAUGUGAUGUGAAGACGUCAUGCAGCUUUGUCACCGUUCCUGAAGCUAAUGUGCAAGGACUGCCGAUCCUUGCUGGGCACUUUAUUCUAGAAGCAGGAACAGGCGAGAUCUCACGAUGUUUUCGAAGCUAUACUGGUUCCGAAUUGAUUGGACGAAGAUUUCGUCACGUGCAUGCAGCAUCGCGCCUUCCGAACUGGCUUAGCGCAAGGCAAGGGCAAUUUUCGAGAUGGCCAUUGGGAGCUCCAUCCAUCACCACUCGACAUCACCACGCUCUUUUUGCGCUUCCAGCCCCAUUGCUUCUAAUACUUUAGGCGAUGCGGUAGCAUCUCUACCAUUGUAACAUGCCUCCACGAUUGCGCUCCCCCAAUUUCCCUUCCGUCUCCUCCUGUCCGUCGUUCCGAGUCCAAUCCAUCCCACAGCCCGCCCGAACCGCACGCGACUUCUCGCAAUCAUCAUGUCGGCAGGUAACACUACGGCGGCGGAAAUUCUACGAGUGGCUUAAUGGACCUGGUCGGGCAUUGAAGCAGCCUCUACCCGGGUCCACCAACUACCUCGGGGCGUACGAUAAAUUCGGCAAUCUGGUUCGAGGGAACGUAGCUCCAGAGAGAACGCCCCAGAAACCCAAAGAAGGUGAAGCCGCAACCAAAGAGGGAGCGGACGGGGAAGCCUCAGUGACUGCAGAAGGUCAGGAGUCGGCGGAUGCGCUCGAUGAAGCACUUCGCCAGCACGAGAAGGAAGAACAAGCGUCAAAGAAGAAGGACGGUGUACAGAAGCUACCACCAGAGACGGCAGAGGAUCUGCGACCCUUCCCGCUGAACAGGUUCUUCCGAAGUCAGCCUGUUCUCAGCGAGGAGCUCCGAGAAGCGAUAUACCAGUUCGUUGUCAACGAGGGAAAGACAGUGCCGCUUGCGAGUAUCACCUUUGGCGUGAGCAACGAGCGCGUUGGCGCUGUCGUCCGAUUAAAGCAGAUGGAGAAGCAGUGGAUCGCUCAGGGCAAAACCCUCGCGAUGCCAUACUCCAAAGCUGUGCUUGAGAUGGUUCCUACAACGCCUUACAUCGACACAUCGCUCCCCAAGAACGCCGGCAAGCGUCCAGUCGUUCACGAGCCGAUCAACGACUUGAUUGUGCAUCCCGCAACCCGCCAACAGCUUUUCGUACCGGUGGCAGAAUCUCGACACUUCACGCGUGAGGAUGCUGGAAAAGCCUUCGACAACAACCUGCUUCCGGCUGACGAGCGUAUCCCCCAUCCUGAGCUAGUCAAGGUGGUACGUGAUGAGAUCGCCGGGUUCUCCAACGAAGAGCGCCGAACUCUUGCAGAACAGCGUUACAGGAAGGCCAUGGAGGAGAAGACUGCUGCCGUAGAGGCCAAGAAGCUGCAGGAGCUACAGACUAAGAAGGUCGUGCCACAGAGGAGAUGGGACUUUGUGUUCCAGGAUGUGAGCGUAGAGGAUGCGGGUAGAGACGGAAGAUCACACAAGGGCGUCGGAUGGAGAUACGGCCUGCCCCACCAGGACAGAAAGAAGGGACAAGUCAAGAUCCCGACCGAGGUGGAGGCAUAGAGAAACUGUUGUACGAUAAUAUUGUAUCACUGUGUGUAUGGAUUUUGUAGCAUAGCAGCGGGUACUUUUGGCGUGGGUAGUCGCUCGGAUAGGAGCCUAAAUCUAUACCCCUUUUU